AUGAAAAGUAAUGAAUAUAACAAAAAGAUUCGUCCUGUUCGUGACGUCACCAAACCAACAGUUAUCAACGUAAGUCUCGCACUUCUAAGUCUCGUGGAAUUCAACGAAGUUGUCGAGAGGCUGACUGUUACCGGAAUACUGAAAAUCUCCUGGACUGAUGAAUACCUCACGUGGGACCCGCGAUCGUUCGUGGGCGUGACGUCAUUAGGCAUCCCACAGGACGACAUCUGGAGGCCAGACCUUGUCCUGGAGAACUCGAAUACCAAGUUCCGGGAUUUGGGUGCGCCCUCCACAUUGGUUCGGGUAACGCAUGAUGGCACGUGCCUUUGGAAGCCCAUGGAAGUGUUCCAAUCCAUGUGUUCCGCGAACGUUGUGCGUUUCCCAUACGACAUGCACACGUGUUGUCUGGCGUUCGAGUCCUGGACUAACUCGGACGGUGAGCUGCAAUUGAUCAACACGCUUCAGGAAAUAGAGCUUUACGAAUACGAGGGACAGCCGCAGUGGACAGUGAUAUACACCAAGGCAGAGAGAAUGGUUCUUGGCAAAGAUGAAUAUGUGGUAUUUUGCAUCUCACUAAAACGACAAGCAUUGCAGAUAAUGUUGAACGUGAUACUUCCAAUAACGUUACUUUCAUUCCUUAAUAACUGUGUGUUUAUACUUCCAGCUUCGUGUGGAGAAAAGGCCUCGUUUUCUGUGACGGUUUUCCUAGCUCUCUGCGUAUUUCUCACGGUUGUGAGCGAGCAACUACCCAAAACCGCUGACAAAUUGUCAAUAUUUAACGUUUACGUAUUCACGCAGGUGAUCAUAGCGACGUUGGUCACCCUUUCAACGCUCAUUCAGAUACGCCUUUACCACUGUGACGACCACCCCGAGAAAAACUCGUGGCUCCAAGACCGCCUUAUACACCGACCAGCAACACACAACACAAGCACAGCGGACGGUGUUAAACCCAAUCCGCAUAACGAUUCAAUGGAAGACAUUGCAAACAAGGACAUGGACGACGAUUGCGUGAAGCACUAUCCGCAACAGCGUAUCACGUGGAAAGAGGUCGCGCGGCGCCUGGAUCCAGUGCUCUUCGUGACGUACACGAGCGCGAACGUGUGCAUAAGCUGCGCCCUCUUAGUGUGGUCGACCGUCGCAGCAGAAGACUAA